UUUUCCUGGUCAAGGUUCACCCUUUGCUUUCUCCUAUACAAUUUUCUUUUCCGUAAUUAGAGACCAAAAAACCAAGAUGACUUCUAAAUCCCAGGAAAAGAUCAGAAUUUCCUGAGGAGAUAUGAGGGACCAUGGAUCUCAAGCAGUGUUUCAGUCUUGCCUCCUUCUGUAUUGCAAUCCUGGUGUCAUUCUCUUUGUCAGAACACUUUGAAGUAAGCUCUUCUCCAUCUGUCAUUGGUAUUGUGGGUCAAGAUGUGAUACUGCCAUGCCAGAUCUCUCUUGGGAGACAACCACAGAGUAUGGAAGUUCAGUGGCAAAAAAUUGGUGAUGAUUACAUCAACAUCUACCAGUUCAAAGCUCUCUCUGGUUUGGAAAUGUUUGAGCAGGGCUAUGAGUCCCGGACUGUGCUGGAUAAGGAGGAACUGCCCAAUGGAAAUGUGUCAUUGAAGCUGAAAAGUGUGCAAGUUACUGAUCAGGGAUCCUACAGAUGCAUUGUCAAGUCUACUGGCUGGAGUGAUAACAUCCAAACAGCUCUUCAUGUUACAGGCAUGGGAAUGGUGUCAAUCGAGAUUUUGGGUCCAGAAGGAAAUGGGAUCAAACUGGCUUGCAGAUCUUCUGGAUGGUUUCCUCGUCCAGAACUACAGUGGCUUAUAAAAGAUUAUCAGAACCAUCCAUAUGAACUUGAGCAGGAUCAUAAGCAGCUGUUCAAUGUUUCUAGUUCCAUCACAGUUUUGAGAGGCACAAGAGAAGUUAUUUGCAUAGUCCAUGAGAAAGGCCAUUUGCAGAUGAAACACAAAGCCACUAUCUUCCUUUCAAGUGAUAUUUUCCCACAAACUUCUCCGUGGUUCCCUGCAUUCUGGGUGUUAUUUAUGCUGUCCUUUCUACUUUUUGGAGUUACAGGAUAUUACAUAUAUAAAGGAAAGCAGAAGCAUUCCUUGAAGAAACGCUCUGAGGAGGAAGAACAUUUGGUUCAUGAAAUUCAGAAAAAAACCUUGGAAGGAGGUAUCAACGAGAUGCGAGGAUAUUUAGAAAGAAUACAAACUGAACUAGACUUUAGGAAGGCUCAGAGCUACCUAGUUCCUGUCCAUCUGGAUCCAAACUGUAAACAUGCAGACCUUGCAGUGUCUGCAGACUUCAAUGAAGUUCAACACAAGCCCACAUCUUCAGAAGCAGCUACCAAGGCUGGAGCCCUGAUUGCAGUGGGAAGAGAGGGGUUUCAGGGAGGGAGGCAAUACUGGCAAGUGAGGGUGUGGGACAAGCCAGAGUGGGAUCUAGGAGUGCUGACAGAAGCCACAAGGGACAAGUUGCAAAAGCAGAAGUUUGAAGCACCCCUGGAAGAGGGAUACUGGUCCCUGCAAAAGUUGAAUGGGAAAUAUCACCCUGACGAGGCAGAUGAUCAAAUCAGGGGUCAUUCUGUUAAGCCUCGAAUGGUUGGGGUUUAUCUGGACUGGGAAGAAUGCAUCCUGUCAUUCUAUAGUGUAAACACCAUGACAGCCAUCAUGAAGAUUCCACUAGAAACCUCUGAGAAGCUGUAUCCAUUCUUCAGUCCUGGUUACUCUGAACUGGGAGACAAGGUGAAGCCCCUCAUCAUCUGCCACAACAGUGACUGGGAUUUCCCUUUACAAUUAGGAAAAGAAAUUUCCCUCCUCUGUUCCAGUAGUGGUGAAGCAGCAGAAACAACAGAAAGCUCAUCAGAGUCAAGAAUAACAGAAAAUUCACAAGCCAAGAAUAACAAAAAAAACCCCUAACAAAAGUGAAGAAUUGGCUUCUGUUCCACACUCUUCACAAACCAAAGGAGUCUCAGAGCCAGUUACAACUGUCUUCCCUUCCUCUCCUCGCAACAGACACCCUUUGAGGUAGGUGGACUGAGAAUGUUAUGAAAGAAGUGUGACUGACCCAAGGUCACCCAGCUGGCUGCAUGUGGAGGAGUGGGGAAUGAAGCCUGGUUCUCCAGAUUACACUCUGCUGCUUUUAACCACUAUUCCACUAAGUGAACAACAACAAUAUUUGGUUCACAAUAGUCUCAAAUAAGGAAGCUCAGGAAAUCUUCCUCUGCCAAUGUUUUUCACAGACUUAAACAAAACACAGAGUAUCAUAAUAUGGGAUUCUUCUGGAUUUGUAUUUCUGAAAUUCAUUCACUUAAAAUAAGUAAAAGUGAAAGUAAAACUUUGACUGCAAGGAUUCUUUUACUGGGGUUUGUUUUUGUUAUCGCUUUAUUGCCCAGGAAUAUGGGUACACUCCUGUGCGUCAAAAGAAAGAAAAUAAAUUAUAGUUUUAGUGUUAAAAGUUUCACUUUGAAUAUGUGUUAUAAUUCAUUUCUGCAUUGCAGAACAAUAGAGUGGCCCUCUUGCAGAAGAAGAAAAAUUGAAAUAAAAUUAAGUAGUGGUUUUAGCACAAAAUGUGUUAGACUUGUCCCCCCCCCUCCCUAAUAUUAGUAUCUUGGAAUACUGUUGGGGUACUUCUUUUUCUUUGGAGAAACCACUUAAUUCCAGACUCAUCCAACAACCUUUUAGAAAUGGGUGCAAUUUCCAAAAAAUGCCCAUCUUGAGAGUUGACCUGGUCCAUAUCAUAGAAGAUAAUAAAAGCCCUACCGUGGUGGCAAAUCUAACUAUCCUGAUCCUGAUUCGUUGGGGCUUGAUGGAACUGUAUCGUACAAGCCUUUGGCCCAUCAAACUAUCAGUCAAGAGUACUUGUGUGCCAUUGGCUGAGUCUGCUCCUCUCUCCCACCCGAAUGGCUGUUGCCAGCCAGCAAAGCUGAUUUUGUCAGUAAAAUGCAACCAACCUUAGAUCUGGCAGUUACUGCAAGAACACACUAUUGACCCAUCAAACAUCAGUCACCACCUCUGGCCUCCCAUUCUGGGGAGGAGCCAGUAGUCGUGGUGCAUGUUGGCACCAACGAUGUGGGGAAAUGCAGUCGUGAGGUCCUGGAGGAAAAAUUUAGGCUGCUAGGCAGGAGACUUAAGGCAAGGACCUCCAAGGUAGCCUUCUCAGAAGUGUAGGGAGGAAGGUGUAGGGAGAAAGGGUUUAAGUUUGUUAGGCACUGGGAUGCUUUCUGGAACAAGCAGGAGCUGUACAAAAGAGAUGGUCUCCACUUGUCCCAAGAAGGAACUAGGCUGCUAGCACUUAAAAUAAAAAAGGUGACAGAGCAGUUUUUAAGCUAAAUCUUGGGGGAAAGCCAACAGGAGAUGAAAUGUCUCUAGUUUGGGAGGACUCAUCUCAAAGAGAUGAAGGAUUAGCUGUUACUUUUCUACUGGGCAAUGGAUCAGUGUUGUCCACUGAGAUGGUGACAAACAGUAUGGACUGUCUGCCAAAGUCUUGAGGCAGCAGGAGGAAGGUUGCGGGCCUAACUUGCCUGGGAAAUUAUAGAUGUUUGUAUACAAAUGCUAGAAGUGUUCAAAGAAAAAUCGGAGAGUUGGAAUGCUUAGUGCUGGGUCAUUAACACAUAUCCUGACCUUUUGUAACCUAUUAGGAGGACAUUACUAAAUCAGCCCCACUAUUGUUACCUGAAGAUCCAUCCAGGUGACCAGAGUCUGCUCUACUCAUUGGCUUAAGGUGGGCUCCCAAUCAGAUACCCAGAAUAGACUUACCACUGCCCACCACACAAGCCAGCCCCUUUUCUGGGUUGGUCUCACCCCCUCCAAUGAUUACAUACAGGACUUCAAGCCAUGCUUGCACUCUCUCUCUCUGCCUGUACACCAUGUAACCAGAUUGUUCCCCCUCCUUUACCCUAAGUAAGGGGGGGGGGUCUCUCAGUCAUGGCACAUGGUCGUGCAUGCCUUCAUCUUCAAGCCCCAAAUGGACCUCUGCACACCUGGAAAGGUAGUAUUCCCUGUGUGUCUUCCCUUUGACUCUGCUAUAUCUCACCUCUUCAUUUCUUAAGUCUUGUGUAUGCUUAUAUUAUUUAUGUGUAAAGGAAUGAUUGUACCGCAACACCUACAUUUAUUUGAAUAAAACAUUAUAAAAUACCA